AACAAACAACCUUCCUUAGCAAUUAGCAUUGAAAGAAGGAAAUGCACAGUGAAAGAGGACCAGAAUGUCAUCAGAAUGGUGCCUGAGGUUUCUCAAACUGUUUAAAACAUUACUAACCUCUAAACCUCAAAACAAGUGGCUAUGCAAACGCUCCAGGUUCUAGCUACUACAUAACCAAAGAAUAAAACGAUUAAAACACAACAAGUAAUUUGAAACUUGUCUCAUGAUGGGGUAUUUUGGGUAAUUACUCCUGUCCACAUCUUCCUAUUAAACUAACAGAGUAGGAGGACUAAGAAGCAAGACGACUCAAAGGAAAAGAGAGAAGAAAGUCCACAAAAGAAAAGAGAUUAGAUAGAUCAAAUGGCGUUUGAAGCUCUUACCGGAGUCGACGGUGAUCUAAUCACCAUAUCAUGGAUGGCGUCAAAGGGAGCUAACCAAACGGAGCACUAUCUCAAAGAAGAAGUAGGGGGAAUCAUUAUUUUCGCCUUCCCACCAUUUUUCUCGGCGGAAGGUUUGUUCGCUACGGCGAAUAAAUCUCCCUUUGGAGAAAUAAAGAUGAAGCGUAAUCAAUUUCCUUGUAUGAGAAGCAUCGGCAACAACGUUGACGCUACUGUUAACGAAGCUUUCCUCAAGAAUCUUGAAGUUAUCAUUGGUCCAAGAACCUCAUUUUAUGCUUCAGUGCAAAGCGCGGUUGAAAGUAAACAACAGAUUGUGUUCACAGGACAUUCUUUCGGAGGCGCAACUGCAAUUUUAGCAACAGUUUGGUAUUUGGAGACAUACUUCAUACGCAAUCCAAAUGUCCCUGAGCCUCGUUGUGUGACAUUUGGAGCUCCUCUGGUUGGUGACUAUAUCUUCAAACACGCGCUUGGGAGAGAGAAUUGGAGCCGGUUUUUUAUAAACUUUGUUACAAGAUUUGAUAUUGUCCCUCGGAUUAUGCUUGCUCGCAAGGCAUCGAUAGAGAAAAUCCUGCCUUAUGUUCUUGGCCAAUUGGAUCCUAGAAGAGCUUCGAUCCAAGAGAGCGACCAGAUAAUAACAGAGUUUUACACAACGGUGAUGCGAGACACAUAUACUGUUGCUUCUAAAGCUGUCUGUCAGUUGGUUGGAAACGGAGAAGCGUUUUUAGACACUCUUUCUAGUUUUCUUGAGCUAAGUCCUUAUAGACCAGUAGGCACUUUUGUCUUCUCUACACAGAAAAGAUUGGUUGUAGUGAACAACUCAGACGCCAUUCUUCAAAUGUUGUUUUACACUUGUCAGUCCAACGACGAACAAGAAUUGUCUCUGAUUCCAUUUCUAAGCAUUAGAGAUCACCAUGGCUAUGAGGAACUAGUACAAUCAAUUGGUAUUAAGCUGCUUAAUCAUUUGGAUCUGCAUAAUCCGCCUUUGGAUGGAGAAAACUCAAUAAGCUCCGCUCUCGACGACCUUGGAAUGAGCACAAGAGGCAGACAGUGCAUUCAUGCUGCAUUAGAGGCUGAGAAGCAACAAGUAGAAAAUCAGAAGAAGAUAGAAACCAAAAGAGAGAAAAUAGUAGAAAGACUAACUUGGAUAGUGGAGAGAUACAAGCCAAAGUGUCAAACUCAUAAAAAUGGGUAUUACGAUUCCUUCAAAGAUUCAAAUGAAGAGAAUGACUUCAAAGCAAACGUCACGAGAGUGGAGUUAGCCGGUAUUUUCGACGAGGUGCUUGGUUUAGUGAAAAAAUGUCAGCUUCCAGAUGGAUUCGAGGGGAGCGGAGCCUGGAUCAAUUUAGCAACUCAAUACCGCAGAUUAAUUGAACCUCUUGAUAUUUCAAACUACUAUCGGUAUUUAAAGAACGAAGACACUGGGCCGUACAUGUUACACGGAAGACCAAGCCGCUACAUAUACGCUCAGAGAGAGUACGAACAUAGAAUAUUAAAGCCAAAAGGAAUGAUUGCAGAAGAUGUGUUUUGGAACAAGGUAAAUGAUCUUAACUUAGGGUUACAGCAAGAAAUUCAAGAGAAUCUAAAGAUAUCGGGAUCCAAGUGCGGAUCAUGCUUUUGGGCUGAGGUCGAAGAACUCAAGGGAAAGCCAUACGAGGAAGUUGAGGUAAGAGUUAAGACAUUACAAGGGAUGCUUGAAGGAUGGAUCGGAGACGGGGAAGUAGAUGAUAAGGAAAUAUUUCUGGAGGGUUCAACAUUUCGAAAGUGGUGGAAUACACUUCCCGACAAUCACAAACUCCAUUAUCCGCUGUAUCUGCGAGGGCGUCUGAUGGAUGAAACAAGAGCUACAUGAACCUUAAAUGGUCGAUUAUUUAAGCUAUUGAAACACUUGCUUCUUAAUUUGUGCAAUAAGAAAUGUUUAUUAAUCUUGUUUCCACUUCACGAUGAUCUUAGAAUAAGAAACAUGUUGUAUGAUCAUUGUAAAGUAAUGUAAUAGAUCUCUAUUCUAAAGUCAAAUUUGGUUUCCACUU